AAAAAAAAAAAAAAAAAAAAAAUUACAAAAAGCAAAAACAAAAAAGAGAGAGAGGAAAAAAAAUUUCAAAACAAACAAACAAACAAGGCAGAACCAACCUCUACUUCAAACCAGCCGGCACAAGCCACCCGUACCUGCCACCCAGAGAGGGGGGUCUCUGGCCCGUGGUGGAGGAGUUGCAGGGGGGAUCGUCAGGGGGACAGAGGCCGAGUGACGCCCUAGGAGCCACCGGGCAAGAGGCGGAGAGAGACAGCGGGCCCCGCGCGCUGCUCGGGGCUGGGGCGCCAGAAGUGGGACUGGAGUGAAGUAGAGCGAUGCCAAGGAGGAAACAGCAGGCACCCAAGCGGGCGGCAGGCUAUGCCCAGGAGGAAAAGCUGAAGGAAGAGGAGGAAAUUAAAGAGGAAGAAGAAGAGGAGGAAGACGGUGGUUCCAUAGCUCAACCUCAGGGCAGCAAUAACCCAGGGACAGAUGAGGAGCUAGAAACAGGCCCAGAGCCAAAAGGCUGCUGCAGCUUCCAGAACUCUCCAGGAAGUCAUUUAUCCAACCAGGACGCCGAGAACGAAUCUCUGCUAAGCGAUGCCAGUGAUCAGGUGUCGGACAUCAAGAGCGUCUGCGGCCGAGAUGUCUCGGACAAGAAAGCAAACACUCAACCCAAACUUCCAAACGAAGCACACAACUGCAUGGAUAAAAUGACCGCCGUCUAUGCCAACAUCUUGUCUGAUUCCUACUGGUCGGGCCUGGGCCUGGGCUUCAAGCUGUCCAACAGCGAGCGGCGGAGCUGUGACACCCGCAAUGGAGGCAAUAAGAGUGAUUUUGACUGGCACCAAGAUGCUCUGUCCAAAAGCUUGCAGCAGAACUUGCCAUCCAGAUCUGUGUCCAAGCCCAGCCUGUUCAGCUCGGUCCAGUUGUACCGGCAAAGCAGUAAGAUGUGUGGGGCGGUGUUCACAGGGGCCAGCAGAUUCCGGUGCCGGCAGUGCAGUGCCGCUUACGACACCCUGGUUGAAUUAACUGUGCACAUGAAUGAAACUGGCCACUAUCAAGACGACAACCGUAAAAAGGACAAGCUUAGACCCACAAGCUACUCAAAGCCCCGGAAAAGGGCUUUCCAGGAUAUGGACAAGGAGGAUGCUCAAAAGGUUCUGAAAUGUAUGUUUUGUGGGGACUCCUUCGAUUCCCUCCAAGAUUUGAGCGUCCACAUGAUAAAAACAAAACAUUACCAAAAAGUGCCUUUGAAGGAGCCAGUACCAACCAUUUCGUCAAAAAUGGUCACUCCGGCGAAGAAACGUGUUUUUGAUGUCAACCGGCCGUGUUCCCCCGAUUCAACCACAGGAUCGUUUGCAGACUCGUUUUCUUCUCAGAAGAAUGCCAACCUGCAGUUGUCCUCCAACAACCGCUACGGCUACCAAAAUGGUGCCAGCUACACCUGGCAGUUUGAGGCCUGUAAGUCGCAGAUCUUAAAGUGUAUGGAGUGUGGGAGCUCCCACGACACCUUGCAGCAGCUCACCACCCACAUGAUGGUCACGGGACACUUUCUGAAGGUCACCAGCUCUGCCUCCAAGAAGGGGAAGCAGCUGGUGUUAGACCCCCUAGCAGUGGAGAAAAUGCAGUCAUUGUCUGAGGCCCCAAGCAGCGACUCUCUGGCACCCAAGCCAUCAAGUAACACAGCGUCAGACUGUACAGCCUCCACAACUGAGUUAAAGAAAGAGAGUAGGAAAGAAAAACCAGAGGAAAGCAACAAAGAUGAGAAAAUUGUGAAAAGUGAGGAAUAUGAAGAUCCUCUACAAAAACCUCUAGACCCUACAAUAAAAUACCAAUAUCUAAGGGAGGAGGACUUGGAAGAUGGCUCAAAGGGUGGAGGGGACAUUUUGAAGUCAUUGGAAAAUACUGUUACCACAGCCAUCAACAAAGCCCAAAAUGGGGCUCCCAGCUGGAGUGCAUAUCCCAGCAUCCACGCAGCCUACCAGCUAUCCGAGGGCACCAAGCCUUCCGUGCCGAUGGGCUCCCAGGUACUGCAGGUCCGACCCAACCUCGCCAACAAGUUAAGGCCAAUUGCACCAAAGUGGAGAGUAAUGCCACUCGUCUCUGUGGCCGCUAACCUGGCCCCAUACACUCAAGUUAAGAAGGAGUCAGAAGACAAAGACGAAGUCUUGAAAGAGGGUGGGAAAGGAAGUCCCCACAAAGAGGCACCAUCUUUUAGCCACAAUGAAGGGGAUUCUUUUUCCAAAACUGAAACCCCUUCAGAAGCCAGAAAGGCUGAGCCUUGUCCCCCAAAGAAGGAGGACAAGCUGAUGAAAGAGGGCAGUGAGAAAGAGAAACCCCAGCCCUUGGAGACAGCAUCUUCUCUCAGCAACGGCUGUGCCCUCCCCAACCACGUGUCGGCACUGCCCUGUAUCAACCCGCUCAGCGCCCUGCAGUCCGUCUUGAACAACCACCUGGGAAAAGCCACAGAACCGUUGCGCUCUCCUUCCUGCUCCAGCCCGAGCUCAAGCACAAUUUCUAUGUUUCACAAGUCAACGCUCAGUGUCAUGGACAAGCCUGUUUUGAGUCCUGCCUCGUCAAGGCCAGCCAGUGUGUCCAGGCGCUACCUGUUUGAGAACAAUGAUCAGCCCAUCGACUUGACCAAGUCCAAAAGCAAGAAAGCAGAAUCCUUGCAAGCACAAUCCUGUACAUCUCCACCUCAGAAGCAUGCUUUAUCUGACAUUGCCGACAUGGUCAAAGUGCUCCCCAAAGCAACCACCCCAAAGCCUGCUGCUUCCUCAAGGAUCCCUCCCUUGAAGCUGGAGAUGGAUGUCAGGCGUUUUGAGGAUGUCUCCAGUGAAGUCUCGACUUUGCAUAAAAGAAAAGGCCGGCAGUCCAAUUGGAACCCUCAGCAUCUUCUGAUCUUGCAAGCUCAGUUUGCCUCGAGCCUCUUCCAGACUUCAGAGGGCAAAUACCUGUUGUCUGACCUGGGGCCCCAAGAACGUAUGCAAAUCUCCAAGUUUACGGGGCUCUCCAUGACCACUAUUAGCCACUGGCUGGCCAAUGUCAAGUACCAACUUAGGAAAACAGGUGGGACAAAGUUCCUGAAAAACAUGGACAAAGGACACCCCAUCUUUUACUGCAGUGACUGUGCCUCCCAGUUUAGAACCCCUUCUACUUACAUCAGUCACUUAGAAUCCCACCUAGGUUUCCAAAUGAAGGACAUGAACCGCAUGGCAGUGGCACAGCAAAGCAAGGCAGAGCAAGAGAUCUCCCGGGUAUCGUCGGCUCAAAGGUCUCCGGAAACAAUAGCUGGCGAAGAGGACACAGAUUCUAAAUUCAAGUGUAAGUUGUGCUGUCGGACAUUUGUGAGCAAACAUGCAGUAAAACUCCACCUAAGCAAAACGCACAGCAAGUCACCCGAACACCACUCACAGUUUGUAACAGACGUGGAUGAAGAAUAGCCCUACAGGUAUGGGUUUGCUCCCAGGUGGUUGUGACAGUGGUCUUGUAAGGAGCUUCUAGAAGGGAGAUGGGUCUGCUUAGAGGCAGCUGACGUCUCCCAGUGUCAAGCAGGACGGUAGCUUGCUGGGAUAGCACUUGUUUUUAUGAAAGACCGGAACACGCUAAAUAAGUUCUAGCCAUUCUCUCAAUUUCUCCAGUUUAGCUUUGGGGAGUAGAACAAAAUGGAUUUAGAAGAGGUGAGUUUCACAGAUUACUGCCUCUUCUAGGCCUUCAUGAUACAUGAUUCCCUUAGUUUCCAACUUCCAAGUUCCACCCAACCAAGGCUACACCUCAUUUUAAGGAAUAGAUACUAACCUCUCUCACCACCCCAGUUCACUAUCCCACUUUCCCAUAACAAUGCUAAUGACUCAUCAAGGUGAGCAACAGAAUAAACAUUGGAGAGGCACUGGGGGCAGUCAGUAUACAGAGAUUGUUAAUCAGCUCGUGAAUAGCUUCAAGUUAUCUUUAUUAUUGUUACUCAUAAUUAAUGCUUUCUGCAACUUACCUUCAGCAAUUACUACUUCCACCCCCUUCCCUUUGUUUAUUUCCGACAUUAAGUUCCUUAUGAAGAACACCUGCCCAACGGGGGAUUUGAGAAAAAUAUUCUUUUCUGCAGACUAUUUAGAUGAAAAGAGAGAAGGCUUAGUUUCCUCUCUCAUCUUUGGAUUUUCUUUAUUCUAGACUACUAGCAGAGUCCACCAUUAACAAAGAUAGAUGCAGUGCAUGUCCUUGAGAUUUUAUUCCAUGUUAGGAACAACUGGCUUUCUGCACACCCGAUGCCAAUGCACACGGGGUCUCGCACUUCUGAGCAUUUGCACCAUGGAGCAUAGAAGCUCCGAGCCUUAUGGGGCAGUGCCCAGAUCACCUGUCACUCCAGGAAAGACGACAGAGGCCAAGGGCAAAUCCCUUGCAGACUAGUCAUGCCAGCCAUUUUCAGACGUUGAGCAUAAGCAAGACUGGGUCUUAACAAAUCAUUUUCCUCUCCCUUUUUGUACUUUUCUCUCCCCUCCAGCAUGAUAUAUCACAUGCCAGAGACCCUCACACAUAUUCAGGCUUGUCCUCCUACUCAGGCCACUCCCAAGGAUGGGUUCCCAACCCGAACUAAGCCUUCUGCACUUACCAGUCCGUUUUAUGUCAGGCUCAGUUACAGAUUCACUCUUUGGAUUCAUUCAUAGUAAGAUAGGAACAGCCAAUAAUGAUUAAAAGUAUAAGACUUGUCACCCCCUAUAGUCAGACAUUUGUUUUUAAAUAGGAGAUUCUGAGACCAAGCCACAGAAGGGUGAGCAAUCGCGGAGUCCCAGGUGGAGUGCGGUGUUUGUAUGGUGUGAUUAAAUGCCAAUGCAUAUGUGAUACCUUAUAUUUGUUUUUGGUCUGAAUAUUUUUCUAAAUCAAAUACUCAGCCAUUUAUCAAGAAAUACAUAUUCUUUCGUCAUGGAAAACAAAGUUGGAUGAGAGAAACAUUUUGACUAUUCUUGACUUUGGGCUCACCUCCCACCUGUUGCGUGACAAUGGUCAAGAUGAAAUAAAAGGUUAAUUAAUAUCUAUGGGACUUUUCCCUCAGUGAGAAGACCUAAGAGAUUUUGAUUAGGGGGGAACCAUCCCAUAAUUUUAGCGGUUACCUGAGCCCAAAUGAAGACUAUUCUCCUUUGAUUUGCAUGUUUUUAUCAUGAUAAUUAAACUGUGUUACUGCUAGAUUUAUCUCUUGCUUUCCAAGCAUGAUUUGUUCAGCUCACACGACUGAAAGAAAAACCACAAUGCAUCUAUUGAAUCUAUGUGUGAGCUUGGGGCCCUGCGAUGUCCUAUUUAUUUGCUAUACAACAUUUUUAAUUUUAUGUAAAUUGCUAUUAUGCUUUUCUGGUCCUACCAAAAAAAGAAAAAAAAAAAGAGGGGGGUGGACAAAGAAUACCUAGAGAGAUGUUCCAAAUUCCACAGUGGUGCAUCCAAACCACAGUGACGAGGACAUAUAGGUAAUGUUUAUUUGUGAUAUAAUAAAGAACAUUUUUCCACCUGUUAGGUUUGUAAUCAUUUUUUUAAAUCAUUAUCACUGUCAAAACAUUAUGAUAUGUAAAUAGGGAGAGGAGAGAUAAAGAAAGCUGUAGCUAUCCUCCGUCAAAAUCUGAAACUUACAUACC